UAAAUACCCCGCCCAGAUAAUGCUGUAUAUAUACCCCUCCUCCCCCACCUUCUCUUCGUCGGCAAACCGAACAUAUCCACGCACAACCUGAACAAUACAGCAUCCUACAACUCAAUAAAGAUCCUCUCACGAUCAAGUUCGAAUACCAUCAUCUCAAAAUGAACCCAGGAACAUGCCCCAAGUGCGGUGCUGCCGGUGACGGAACCAAGGCCUGCGGCUCUUGCGGUGCUAGCUGCCCAAACUGAGAGUAUAAUCUCUUUCCACGCUGUCUUGCCUCCUCGAGAGCGACAAAGUACGAGAAGGGUAGCAGUGAUGGCUUUCUGAUGUGGUUGCGACGCUAGUCUGUUGGUUGUUUCAUUCAUUUAUGCUAUACUGGGGCUGGUUUACGAGAACAAGACAUGAUGAUUCGAAUGGAUGAUGCCUUUCUUGUAAAUACCUUUUGAGUUUCACAACGCUGAUGGCCAUGGUAUAUCAUCCAUGCCAUGGUCGAUAUCCUUUGGAAGCAGCGAGAGCCUCGAAGCGAUCCCAUGUGACCUUAUAUGAAGAUGUAGGUGAUUUGAGCUCUUGAAGAUGCCACUUAUCCAGUAAAUCUAGCCAUACCCUAUUCCGUAUUUAAAAUAAUCAUAUUCCUCUUUUAGAGUGGUAAGGAAGCCUCCCUUGAACUGCUUGAACCAGCUCAGAAUGACAUUUUGACGGGCGCCCACCAUAAGACGCUAAGAUAAGAAACCGCCAGGGACCCCAGCUAUCGCCAAUAAUUUUCUGAGAAUCUAAUCGCGGCGCACCAAGCAAGCUUCCCAAGCACACAUCCGACAAUGGCAUUUCACGGCAACAGAGGCGGCGCUCGAGGUCGAGGGUUUAGCGCAGGUGGCCGUGGCGGUCGCGGAGGUAGCAGCAGAGGCGGAGCAAGAGGAGGAGCCCGUGGUGGAGCGCGAGGCGGAGGGGGAGGCAGAGGAGGAGGUAGAGGUGGCAGAGGCAGAGGAAGAGGGAAGCCGAUAUUCGACAGUGCGAGGUUAGCGGAGAAGAAGGAAGAUGAGGAAGAAAGCGACAGCGAGGACUAUUCGGACGAGUCGGCUUCUGAGGAAGAGGACUCGGACGAGGAGAUGUCUGACGACGACGACAUUGUCCAGGCUUCGGCUGUGAAGCCUUACGCUGCGCUCCUGCAAAGCCUUGCGGCGGAUUCAGCACCGGCUGCGAAGCGACGUAAGCUCGAUACAUCGUCUGGGCAGCAGGUGGCGGAGGAUAGCGAGGAUGAAGAAGAGAUUACCAAUGUCGACGACGUGGACGAAGAGGAGGAAGGGCCGGAGACUGCAGUGGAAGGCGCCUUAGACGAGGACGAUGACGAGGAUGCUUCCGAUCCGUUUGAAGCCAAUUUUGCCAACCCUGACAGUAAUGUCCUCUCGAGGAGACUCAACAACUUGAAGAACGGGGUGUGGUCGCCGAAAAAAAUUAUCGUGAAGAACGUCGGAAAGGCUGUCGUUGCUGUUCCAGAGAAAGAUGCCCCAGAACAAGCCACACUAUCUGCGGCGAUUAGCGGUCCUGCUGGGCUCGUCUUGAAGAAGAAGCUUAUUGACCCAGUCACAAAGCAAAGGGGCUCUUUCGAUCCGCUAGAGCAGAACAUGGCGGCUUCGAUUUUCAACUACCGUGAUAUAUUAUUCUGCGAUAGGACAGCAGCGAACGCUGAGAACCUCCGCCGUUUGACGUGCCUGCACGCAGUCAACCACAUCUUCAAGACGAGAGAUAAGGUGAUUAAAAACAACGCUCGCCUCGCCAAGGAAGAGGGCAACGAAGAUCUGGAUCUUAGAGAUCAGGGUUUUACAAGGCCCAAGGUUCUCAUGCUCCUGCCGACAAGAGAGUCCUGUGUGCGGAUGGUGAACAUGAUCAACAAAUUAUGUGAGCCCGAGCAACAAGAAAACAGGAAGCGGUUCGACGAUUCAUACGUCGACAAAGAAGAGAAAUUCUCAGAUGAUAAAACUGAAGAUUUCCGAGAACUGUUCGCUGGAAACGACGAUGACAUGUUCCGCCUGGGACUGAAGUUCACUCGCAAGACCGUAAAGUACUUUUCCCAAUUCUACAACUCCGAUAUCAUCCUCGCCAGUCCCCUCGGCCUACGAAUGGCCAUCGGAACCGAAGACUCCAAGAAAAUCGACCACGACUUCCUCAGCUCCAUCGAGCUCGUCAUCGUCGACCAAGCCGAUGCGCUCCUAAUGCAGAACUGGGAGCAUGUCGAGUACAUCUUCUCGCACAUGAAUCAGCAGCCCAAGGAGGCUCACGGCUGUGAUUUCUCUCGUGUACGCAGCUGGUACCUCGAUGAUGCUGCACGCUACUUCCGCCAGACCAUCGCCCUCUCCGCCUUCAACACCCCCGAGCUAAACGCCCUCUUCCACUCCAAAUCUCGCAACUGGCGAGGCAAGGUCCGCAUCGGCGCCACCCACCAAGGCGCCCUACAACAGCUCGGCCUCCGCGUGAAGCAGACCUUCUCCCGCAUCGACGCCCCCUCCAUCAGCGCCGAGCCUGACGCGCGCUUCACAUACUUCACAUCCGCGCUUGUCCCAGCGCUCAUGAGGCAUAAGCACGAUUCCGCCGGGACGCUCCUCUUCAUACCCAGCUACCUCGACUUCGUGCGCGUGCGAAACUACUUCUCCUCCUCGCCGACGACGGCUACCCUCUCCUUCGGCUGCAUCUCCGAGUACACCUCCGUGCGCGAAGUGGCGCGCGCUCGCUCGCAUUUCCUUACUGGUCGACACAGCGUGCUGCUGUAUACGGAGCGAGCCCACCAUUUCAGGAGGUACCAGAUUCGCGGGGUGCGGAAGGUGGUUAUGUAUGGGUUGCCUGAUAAUCCGAUUUUUUAUAAGGAGAUUGUGGGCGGGUAUCUGGGGAGGAGCGUGCAGGAGGGGAGGCUGGAGGUGGGUGAGGGGAGCGCGAGGGCUGUGUUUAGUAAGUGGGAUGUGAUGAAGUUAGAGAGGGUUGCGGGGACGGAGAGGGUGGAGAAGAUGGUUAUGGAGAAGGGGGAUACGUUUGAUUUCCUGUAGAGCGAAGGGGGUGGUGGGUGUUACGUUUAAAUAAAGGUGCUGUAUAACCUCUAACAUCACUCGGGGC